GAAGUGAGGCGCGCGCGUCUGUGUGUGUCUCUCUCUCGCGAGAACGGCUGCGCUCUGACUGGUUACCGUUCUUCACUCUUUUCCAAUCCAUGCUGAGAGAGACGCGAGACGGGCUGUGAUUGGUCCGUGGGUUGCCGUGGUUACCAACUCCCGCUGUCAACUACAGACGGUUAGAGAGUAUGAGCUCAGCUGCUAGCGCGAAGCGGUGCUACGGAUAAACUCAUGUCAUGGACUGUGCGGGUGCGGGUGAUCGACCCUCUCCCCGGAACCCCGGAGUGGACAGAGAGGAUGCCAGAAGGGGUGAUGCAGCAAAACAGCCAUCUGCAAAAGAGCAACUGGAUGAAUAUUUAAUCAGUCUGCAACACAGGAACAGAGCUCUGAGGAAGCUGCAGGUGAAGGACCCGAGGCAGCUGGAGUUAGAACAGCUGGAACAGGGCUUCUGCAUCUAUAUCAAUGGCGCUAAUGCUAAUCUGAGUAAUGCUAAGGGCAGUCAGCGAGACAGUCACAGAAAUACACACACUGCAGAUGCUCAAAGGAGUACAGAGAAUACGUAUGGAGUGACUCAUCACAUCCCAAGGAGUCACACAGCACCUGAGAGAGCACAGCGUAGAGAAUGGGUCCAGAAAUCAAUACAAAUCCGGACAGAGAAUGGGGGUCGUGUGAAGAUAUGUCCAGAAAACCGAUACUCAGACGACUUUGAGCCAUACGAGAGCGUAGAUAUGGAGGUGGGAAGAGAGGUGUGUAAGUCUCACUCAGUAUCAGAACCUGCUGAAAGACUACUACUCAACCUCCACCAGGUCAAAGUGUUGCGGAGCAGCCUGGAGGCCAGUGUGAAGCGGAGUAGCCGUGACUCUGCGGGCGAGGAGUCAGAGGGCGAGUGGGUCGAAGAACAGAUCGAAAGGGACGACAGUAAUGACAGUAUCUGUGACGUCACUCUUCCCCCCUCCCCCAAACCAAGCCAACCAAUCAGGAAUCAGCCCAGCCCCGGUGACCUCAUUGUGCUUGAUUUUGGCCCCUCCCCUAUAGGCCGUAAGUCUGAGCGCUGUCUCUCAGCUAAGCGGAAGGAGAAUGUUGAGUCCUGUAUCCCUACUAAACCAGUUCUGAUGAAGAAAAGAAACAAGAGGUCCAACAGAACCCAACAGGACACACCACGUCGUGGUAGUGUUUUAGAGCGCCCCCUGUCUGCAGUGUGUAAAGUGCAGGAGGAGCGAGACUCAGAGGAGACAGUGCUCAGUGUGUUGCAGGCGCUACAAAAUGAGAACUCCCCCUCACACACACCUGCACCAGACAAACAUCAUCAUACACUCUCACCUGAGCUCCAACACCCCCGAGAUCUACAGAGGAAUGUGCUCAGCUUCAGUCCGCAGGUGAACUGCUCCAUCACAGAGCAGCCAGACAUCAACCAUAAUAUUCAGGAGGAAGAGGAGGAUGAAGAUGAGAACCAAUUAAUCAGAGCCAUGCAUAGGAUCACACUGAUGGGGCCCAGUCAGCAGAAGAGGUUGUUGAAGGCUCUGGAGAAUAUUGAGACAGAUUCUCAAGCACAUAUCAGUAGCAGCAAUUCCCCAACAACUAGGAGGCGGGGCUCAGCAGAGGCUAUUUAUGUUACCAUGGAGAUUUUGUCCAACUGGGGUGGUGGUGGUGGUGGACGAGUGGGGCUGACGGAGGUCCAGUUCUUCUGCAAGAAGAACCGCAAACUUUACAUCUCUCCACAUGACCUGGACAUCCGGAAUGCUGAUCAGCCCGGGAAUCUUGCUGCGCUGGUCAAUGGCAAGACUAAAACCACUAAAGAGCGGGACAUGUGGGUGUGUUGGUUCCAUGCACCAGUGCAGUUGUACUUUGUGGUGAGAAACGCAGAUCGCUCUCCGGACUUCAGCAUCACUCGCAUUAAAAUAUGGAAUUAUAAUCACAGUCUGAACGAGCUGGCUGUAGGAGCGCGGGAUGUGCGUGUGUAUGUGAACAGCACGCUGGUGUUUGAUGGUCAGUUAGAAAAAGGCUGUGGUAACCCGGUGUUCGAUUACAGCACAACUAUCAACCUGGCAGAGCUCCACCUCCCAGAAUGCAGUUCUCCCAGCACUGCUUGCUUCAGCCCACAUCGCUACGAUGACCUGUGUCAGGAUCCCAGCCCCGGUCAGUCUGGACUCGGCUCCUUUGUUGUAAAGGAAGUCAGUGAGCGGUCACAGAAAGACGGCGCUUGCACCCCUGUGAGUAUCGCCGGCCCUGACAGUAUGCAGACUGACUCCAUAAAGCACAGAGAUUCGCCCCUGGUGGAGAACAGCAGGGAGGCGGUUAACACGGUGACCACCCAGCCAGCUUCACGCGCGGUUCGAGAGCGUCCCCCAUGGCUGGAGCCUCAGAAUAGAAGGAACAGCAAACACAAACACACUGCAAAGCAUAAACUUUCCGUCCUGGAUGAUGUCUCCUGCAGUCCAGCCAGCGUCUGUGGCCACCAGGUGGCACCACUCACAAACACAACCGAGAGAAGCUGUGAGACUAAACCAGAAUCGGAUCUGUUAGAUACAUUGUGCAAGGAGCAACCACACGUCCGAGCGGUCAGUGGGCGCAGAGGGUCUGCGCGUUCACAAAUCAAACCACCGAGUCAUGAUGCAGAGAGAUCAGAGGAGCUCAGCCCAGUUGCCCACGGUAACCAUCGUCUGCGGUCCCGCUGGCUGACCAAGGCAGACGACAACAAACCCAUAACAAAGACAAGAUCACCAGACUCACCGACAAAAUUUGAUCAGACUGAGGGUGAUGUUUUUGAUGAGUUUCUCCAGCGCUGUUCCCGCCCCUCUGCCGUGACACCGGACCCCGUGACCUCUGACCCUGAAGAGGAGUUUGAGAUCCCAGUUCUUCCGCAAGGGCAGCAUCUAGUGAUGCGUAUUCUGUCCACGUGGGGAGACCGUCGCUAUGUGGGCCUGAAUGGUGUGGAGAUAUUCGGUGCCAGCGGAGAGCCAGUCAAACCGCUCAGCAUCACUGCUGUCGUCACCGGACUACCUGAGAACAACGGCAAUGUCUCCAAGGUGAUCAAUGGUGUCCAGAGCACACAGGACGACUCCCACUUGUGGCUGGCACCAUUUGUGGCAGGGAAACGGUGCGAGAUCACACUGGACCUUGGAGAGAUGCAGCGGCUGGCCAUGAUCCGUGUGUGGAACUACAAUAAAUCUCGCAUUCACUCCUUUAGAGGGGUGAGAGAAGUGGACAUGCUGCUGGAUGGACAGAGAAUCUUUAAAGGAGAGAUCGCUAAAGCAUCUGGCACACUGAUAGGAGGUCUGGAUCAGUUUGGUGAUACAAUCCUCUUUACCACGGAUGAUGAAAUCCUGGAAGCCAUGUCACGCUUUGAUGACACAUUUGUGUGUGGUAAUGUGGGGGUGGAGUCUGGAGUAGAGGGGGAGGAGCUUCAGCGUCCUCAGACUGCAGAUGAAGAAGAAGAAGAAGAAGAGGGAACACCACUCACACAGGCUGGACUCAGGGAGGAACAUAAAGCUGAGAACCAGGACACUGCUUUAGAGCCAUGUGCUGAUUCAGAGAACCCGAAUUCUGGUCUUUACACAGGAAAGAGUGUGUGUCUGUCUCUGAUUUCAACUUGGGGUGAUUCUCACUAUCUCGGCCUCACUGGGUUGGAGGUUGUGGGGAAGGAGGGUGAGAUCAUCCCCAUUGAUAUCGCCAAGGUGAAGGCAACACCACGUGACCUCAAUGACCUCCCAGAGUAUAACGAUGACCUUCGCACCCUGGAUAAGUUGUUUGAUGGACAGAACAUCACCACUGAUGAUGAACACAUGUGGAUGAUCCCCUUCACCCCUGGCUCUGACCACACCCUCUCCAUCCAGUUUGACCAAUCACAGACCAUCGCUGGCCUCAGGGUCUGGAAUUACAACAAGUCACCUGAGGACUCCUACAGAGGGGUGCGGGCUUUGUGUGUUUAUGUGGAUGAAGAGUGUGUCUCUCCACCUGAUGGGUUCCUGAUCAGGAAAGGACCGGGGAACUGCCACUUUGACUUUGCUCAAGAGAUUCUGUUCAUCGACUAUGUCCAGUCCUCCAGUGUGUGCAAAAACAAAGCUACAGCACACACACACAGGAGUGAAGAGAAGGCCAGUAUGGAGUAUGAGGCUCCGCUCAUGCCGCUUGGAUUUAUUUUUCAGUUGCAGCUCUUGACUACGUGGGGUGACCCCUACUACAUAGGCCUGAAUGGCCUGGAGUUUUAUGACCACAAUGAUGAGAGGAUCCCACUCAGUGAUAAUAAUAUUGCUGCAUUUCCAGACAGUGUGAACGUACUGGAUGGUGUGUGUGGAGAUGUGAGAACACCAGACAAACUGAUCGACAGCAUCAAUAACACACAUGAUGGACGUCACAUGUGGCUUGCUCCAGUACUGCCUGGCCUGGUGAAUCGUGUGUAUGUGAUCUUUGACAAGCCUGUGACCGUCUCUAUGAUCAAACUCUGGAAUUAUUCCAAAACACCACAGAGAGGAGUUAAAGAGUUUGGGCUCCUUGUGGAUGAUCUCCUGGUGUAUAAUGGGAUUUUGGAGUGUGUGUCACACCUGUCCCGGGGAAUUCUGCCCACCCUCGACCCCAUUGUCCCCUACCACACUAUACUGUUCACGGACAACACACACAUCACACACCGUGAGAGGAAUACUGUCAUCAGCAACCAUGUGGAGGACCAGGAUGUGAAGAUGACCAACGAUAACCAGAUUGUCCAACAUCACAGCAAGAAAAAACCAACAGCAGACCAAGCACUGAGACCCAAAACCUGUAUGACAGACCUUCCCAAACACAGGACACGCCCUUACUGACACACCCACAUGUACAGUGUGUGUAAGGAAAGGUCAGUCGUGGUCAUUCACACACAAACAGACCUGUUUGAGUCACCCUGGUGCACUGUUAAUAACACUGUUGUGUAUAUUCUCCUGUGUGUGUGUGUUCUAGUUGUAAUAAUAUUCUAAUAAUCUGUAUUAUAGCUGUUCAUAUGAGCCGUGUGUUUAAAUAAAGAUUCGACACUAAGUGCACUGGACUUA